AUGAAUUAUCAAUUGUCACAGGCUGAAAAUGAACAAGGUGACAUAUGUAUUGAGUCAUAAUUUGAUGAAUAUAAAAAACACUUUCAAUUGGAUUGCUAUGCUCUGGAAGACAAAUCACAAUUUUACAACUUAAACAUGAAUGAACCACUAGACAUGAAAUCUCCUUCUGAAACUGUAUAUUUAAUAAUGAAUCUUAGAUUCAAGAGUUCAUAUUCACUGACGAAAAAUUGGAAGCACAAGGAAAAGGAUUAAUUAGUACUUCGUUAAAUUAACAUAAAUUAAUCAAUAUUAAGCUACUUGAUUUAUCUAAAUGCAAACUCCAUUAAAUACCAGAAGAUGUUAAGUAAAAUAAAUAAAUAAUGUAGAUAAAUGAUCAAUUUGUAAAAAGUGUAUUUGAGUUAGAAUAUGUUGAUAACAUUGCCUCAAUUUUUGGAAUCCUUAUCAUUCUUAGAGGUGUUAGAUUUAUCUUACAAUUAAAUACAAAUUUACAAUAUCCAUCUGAAACGCUUAACGUAACUAAAUCUUGCAUGCAAUUAUAUUAAAUAACCAUAUUUUGGGAAUCUGGAUGUACUUUGUAUUUAGAUGAAUCCAAUCACUUAACUGCCUCAACAAUUUCAUAAAGCCUUGAGAAAUUUGAAUCAAUUAGAAUUUGAUUGGUUUAAGUAUUGCAAACCUCCUUUGCCAUAGAAACUAAACUUUACAAAAUACCCUUAGGUUUAAGAGAAACUAAUAAAUUCACUCUCGAAAUAACCUUUGAGUUUCUAGGAAUUCAUCCAGGUGUUAAGUCAGAAUUAAUAGAACUUUAGUAGUACUAACUACAAAGAGAGGAACUUGUUUUGUUAAGCAGGCACCAAUGAUGAAAUAGGGGUGUUGUAUUGCUUAAAUUUGAUCAUACCUUAGGAUAUCAACAAAACUGAUUUCGAUCAUUAUACACCUUUGUCAGUUUGUUAUACGGAAGGCAAAAUGAGGUUAGUUUUCAUAAUAAUAAAGAUCAGUGAGCAUAUUAAAGGCUUUUGGCGGUAGAUUUUCAUUGAAUAGCAUUCAUUGCAUGAGUCAAAGAGCUGAUGUGUAGAAUUUAAAAUUUCUAUUAGGAAUAAAGGAAGAUGUACACUUUUCAUUAAGAGUGUCUAAAAUUUUACAUCCAAUCAACUAAGAAUCCUUUGUGAUGUUAAGAAAUAUUGAUGGAAAUACUCCAUUGCAUUAAUUAAUGAUGAAUUUCGAUAAGCAUGAAUUUAGUUCAGAAUUCGCCCUGAUUCUAUUGUUGUUUGGAGCAGAUCCAAAUGCCGAAAAUUAUGAAGGUUUCACUCCUUUGGAGAUGGCUAUCAAGAAACAAUAAAUCAAAGGACUUAAAUUUGGAAAUGAUUUCAAUAUGUCAAAUAAUGUAGACUAUUUGAAUAACAGAGUUUUUGAUUUUUCCCAUUAAUCAACUAUCACAGGCAAUGGUAUCUGUCAUACAGCUGCGAUAGUUGGAAAUCUUGAAAUCCUAGAGUUUCUGAUUUCAGUUAAUGCUGACUACUUUUCUAUUAGUAAAUCAAACAGAUUACCUAGAAGUUUGGCUAUUCAAAGUUUAGUAGCUUUAAAGAAUAUUCGAAAGUUAGAAAAAAGAUAUAUUUUAAAUAAUGUGAUUAGAGAGAAAUCUCUCCUAGAAUAAUAAGAAAAGUAUUAUUUAAAAGAUUAAUUAGAAAUGUAUAUUAAAUGAGACAUUAAAUUGAAAAGAAUAUGGUUUAAAGACAUCAUAACAUGAUAUAGAAAUAUGUAGACUAAGGGGAAAUUGAUGAUUCAUAAUCUAUGGAAAGCUAUAAUGAUUUUAGUCUUCAAGUGGGAAGUGAAUGCUCAGUUAGAGAGACAGUUGCAGAAUCUACUCCCAUAUUUAAGAAAUAAUAAAAUCUCUAAAAAGAAUCAAUAUCUACUGUGUAAUAGAACAUUUAAUAAUUAUUAACAAUUGAAUUUUCUGAUCAUUAACCUGACAUUUUAAAAUUGUUAAGAAAUGGUAACAUUGACACAGCAAUAAAAAAAUUGGAGAAUAUAUUGCAAUAUGAACUAAUUAGUGUAUCUGAGAGACUCAAAUAUAAAAAUCAAUUAUCUUUGUUAAAGUUAAAAUUCAAAUAAAAAAAUGUUGAAUUAAAAUCAAGAAUUGGUAAGGAUGUAUAAUUACUAUUAAAUGAAUAUUAAUUUAAGUCAUUAAAAGCAGACCUGAGAAGUAAAUCAUAUCUGUAUCAUUAGAUAAGUACUUCAAAAAUGUCCAAAGCAUAUUAAAUUCCUAAAAUGAAAAGGAAAUUUCUAAAGCAUUAAAUAUAGUCUCCAGACAAUAAAUUAUAUGUUCUUCUUUCAACUUAAAUAGGGAUCUAUUAGUUUAAGAUCUGUCUCUGAUAUCUGAUCUUAGAACUAAGCUAAGUGCAAAUCUAGUUUAUGAUAUAAAUAACUAUGCAACUCACUUAUUUACUUCGUAAAAUUAACUAUAUCUGUGGCUCUAUAGUUGCUUUUCAAAAAAAGAAAAAAUCUUAGUGAAAACUAGCUUUUUUAAUCUAUAAAAUUAUGAAUAUCUUUAAUAGAUGAAAUUUAAAAAGAGAAGAGUUAUCGUUGGAAAACCAGAUGAUUUGGCAAUUGACAAAGACAUUUCAGAUUUAGAUUCUGUUCCAAUCAACUAAAUCAUCAGUAAUAAUAAUCUGUUUUGUAACACUAAAAGAAAUUGA